AUGUCUCCCUCGGCGGAGUACAAGGGACACACGCACCUCUCAACCAUGAUCUCGGGCCCCACGAUGUCUGGCGUCGUCGCUGGGAGGAAAGCGACGGCGCUUGUCCUGCUGCUAGGUGGCGUCGGAACUGGAGAAGGCGCAAGUGGAUCUACUGUGAGUGCAUUGGCCCUGGCGUUCCGAGGCGGUGACAGCGUCCCGCAGCCAGGGGCCUGUGUUGAGCCGGCCCCGCCUCGUUGGGGCCCACCAAACAGGCAACGUGGUCCUUCCAGCACAUCAUCAAUUGCCUCAAAGGCAUCUGAUUUUUUCUCACAAAAAGGAGAUGAGAAAAGGACAGAAAGAAGAAAACAAGAACAAGAGAAAAAGAGAGAAAAAGGGAAGAAAAAGGAAAGAAAAAGGAAGAAAAAAAGGAAAGAAAGGAAAAAAGGAAAAAAGGAAAAAAGGAAAAAGGAAAAAAAUCUCCUUUUCUUGUACUCUUUUUUCCUUCGUGCCUUUCUUUCGUUUCUCUGCCUGGACAGAAUGCUGGGCCUGACGUUUGGUUGGUGGCUUUUCCCGCAGAGCUGUUGUGCUGGAGCUUGGCGGCGGGCGACGCUGAUGGGCGCUUGGAUGGCGCCGCUGCCUCUCUUGACACCAAGGCGAGUGUCCAUCGGCGGCCGACGCGCAGGAGGCGGAGCUCGGCUGCUGAGAUCGACCGACGCGAGCUCCCCUCCAGCAGGGUUUCUGUCAGGCGCCCAGCGGCCGUCUGCCUUACCUGGUGUCUAUAAGGAGACCCGGGAGUCGAGAGCAUGUCUGCUCUGGCGUUCUUAUCGACCCAGAGCACGUUCUGACAGCAGCGCACUGUGUCGAUCCUGA